GCGAGGGCCGCGACAGCCGCCGCGGGCAGCAACAUGCCGCCGGUGGAGGGGCAGCCGAAGGGCAGGCAGCCGGGCACCAUCAGCGAGUGGAACCCGCGCGGCUUCGGCUUCGCCACCUUCGAGGAUGGCACGCGGGCGUACGUGCACAACUCGCAAUGCGGGGGCGAGCAUCUCGCUGUGGGAACCGCCAUCCCAGGGCGCCUUGCCCCGACCCGAGGACGCCGGGCAAGUGGCAGGCGAUGAACAUCGUGAGCGGCGAGGUGGACGUGACCCUGCAGGGCGGGUUCGAAUACGGCACGGCGCUGGGCUCCUUCAUGGGCGCGGACGGGCAGGCCGCCGGCCGGCCCGCU